CAAGAGAACUGCAGCGGGUGGAGCGGCACAAGUCACUGAGAUAAAGGGGACGCAGGAAACGAAAACCUGGGAUUGAAGAGUACAUUUAUCGAAGUCUUCCAUAGAAUUAGGCCGCGAGCUCUUGUUGCAGUUUGUGGAGUUACCUCGCUGAAGAGUAACGUCAGCCGUAUCUGCAGGCUGGAACUAUUGAUGAACCGCUGAACUCACUGGAAAAGGCGUCGCUGACUGACUGAGCAGAGACUAUCUCCCCUCCCUCUUAAACCCAUACAGCCUCUAUGCUCAUCAACCUGACGGUGGCCAUCAAGGAAUCUCGUGCCUUUCAUGGAACACAGCCUGCCCUCCCCGCCGAUGCCCCUGACACUGUGGGAGUGACAGCCAUGGAGUCGCGUCCGCUGCUGGUCGCCCCUCCACCGCCUCCUCAAACACCUCCGACACCUCCGCCUCCGCCUCCGCCUCCCCCUCCACCCCCUCCGUUGCCACCACCGCCUGGGUCCUCCUCGCCUUUCAGCCGGUCCGACAGCGCCCGUCGGAGCCGGCUGAGGAAGCUGAACUGGGAGCGCAUCCCCAAAGAGAAGGUGGAGGGGAGGAAGAGUGUGUGGAACGGGGCGGCUCCGGGCGAGGACGAGUUCCCCAUCGACCUCCAUUCUCUGGAUGAGCUGUUUGGUCAGAAGGACAGUAAGCCUCAGGACAGAACCAGCACCCUGAGACGCCGGUCUGCUCUGCUGCGCUGCAGGUCCCCACAGGACAGCUCAGAAGAGAUUUCCCUGUUGGACUCCAAACGCAGUAUGAACAUGGGCAUAUUUCUACGCCAGUUUAAGAUGCCAGCUAAGGAGAUAGUUGAGGAUAUCAGGCACGGUGCUGGGGGCCGUUAUGGAGCAGAGAAGCUCACAGAGCUCUGCAAAUUGUUGCCUGACAAUGAGGAGGAGUCCCGCCUGAAGAGGUUCAGUGGGGAGCGGAGGUGGCUUGGAGAGCCUGAUCUUUUCCUGCUGCUUUUGGUAGAAGUCCCCAGUUUUCGGCUUCGUCUGGAUGCCAUGAUCCUGCAACAAGAGUUUGACCCCGCUGUGACCUCUCUGUGUGUGGCAGCCACAUGUCUGAGGGAGGCGGCCAGAGAACUGCUGAGCUGUCCUGAAUUACACUCCAUCCUUCGUUUGGUGCUGAAAGCAGGGAACUACAUGAACGCUGGUGGAUAUGCGGGGAACGCUGCUGGUUUCCGAAUUUCAUCGCUGCUCAAACUGGCUGACACCAAAGCCAACAAGCCGGGGAUGAAUCUGCUGCAUUUCGUUGCAAUGGAAGCUGUGAAAAAGGACCAGAGUUUACUUUUAUUUCCCAGCCAAAUAGGCCAUGUUGGCUCCGCCUCCAGGUUGAGUGAGGAGUCGGUGCUGGAGGACUUAUCCAAGUUAAAAAGCAGGGUGGUGGCCCUCAAAGCAAACACCCAGACUGAGGCAGAGAUUCAGCAGCACACUAAACUUUUCCUUGAAGUGGCUGAGGAGCGUCUGAAGGAGGCAGAGGAUGAGGUGGAGGGCAUGAGGAUGUCUAGCCAGGCUCUGGUGGAAUUCUUCUGUGAAGAUGACAGCACCUUCAAACUAGAGGAGGCGUGCAGGGUCUUCCAUUCGUUUUGCCUCCGCUUCCAAAGAGCUGUGCAGGAGAAUGCGGAGCGGGAACUGAAGGAGCAGAAACGUCUGGAGCGUCAACGUGAGAUGGUGGAAAAGCGUCGUUCCCUGGCUGUUUGUACCGGGCUGGACCCGAGCCUCAGCCUCGCCAGAGAGCCUCGGCCUCAGGAGAACCAAGGAGAGCUGGAGAAACUGCUGGAGAAGAACUUGAGCUACACUUGGAGUCGUCGCAGCCUGAGAAGCUCUGAGUCCCGCAGACACUCCCAUCACCUCCACAACGACGCCAUGCUCGAGAGCUUCCCCGAGCUUGGCAGCAGCCCCACGUCGACCAGUUGUCACUCCAACAGCUCCUCCGACCACGAGACCACCGCUGUGCUUUGUAGUUCCCCAGAGACUGGCGUCACAUGCUCCCCCUUUGACCAAGAACCUGUUUUGGGUCAAGGGAGCAGGUAUCGGUACAGCCGAGCAAAAAACGAGAACACAGAUGACGUUCAGGGCUCGCACGCCGCCAUGUUUGGACCCUCUCGGCACGGACGUGGCUUCACAGUCAAGCAGCAAGGGACUGACAGCAUUUCGUAUGUGCUGCAAGGCCAAACGAAGACAACCAGACUUGAAAAAGAAGCAGAGAUUUUAGAAGAGCACGUGGUUUCGAUGACCACUGAAUCUUGUACAAACUCUGCUGCUAGACCCUCCAAUAAACCUGUCCUUUGUGUUAAAAACCAGACCCCCACUCAAAGGCAGAUGUUUGGCAUGCCAGGUACAGAAAAGACUCAGCCAGUUCAGAGUAAAUCUAAUGGCUCUCGUGUGAAUGAGUCAGCAUCUCACUCUCUUCAUACUAGUGGAAUACUUUCUCACAGUGACACCAGGACUGGAUCGUUAAGGUACCAGAGAUCUGAGAGUCAAUUGCAAUCAUUUGUAAGUGCUUCGGAGAGUAUCCAGUCCCAACCUCAGGCGAGAGAGACGCCCACUGUAACACGUCCUGUGAUGCCUUUGCCCGAUGGAGGUUUGACAAAGCCCACAAAAACAGAAGUGGCCUCCACACCUGUGGAGGAAAACUGGAUGCCCUCGAGUCUACCGGAGUCCAGCCAAUCACAGCGACAGGAGUACUCUGACUUGCCAAGUACUGAGAGGGAGUCGGCAUGUCCGUACUCCCGCGUGGGCGAAACACUGGAGUGCCACACUCUGGUGAAAGGCCUCCGAUCCUAUGAUGCCAUGUCAACCCCAACCUCCCCACUCCCACGACCCGUACCCAGCCUCUGCUCCAAGUGGAGGAAAGAGCGGGAGGGUGACCUGCGAGCGGGGACAACUCCAGGGUCUCCUACAUCAAAGGAGGAGACUCGAACCGUGAAGAUCCCCUUGCGUAGUGGAAUAGGGGCCAAAAGGGGACUUGUGUCACGUGCAGGACCUUCCAAUAGCAGAAGCAUUCCCAGGGUGCUCUCCAAAACUGAGCCUUCAAAUGGAGCCCCAAACCCUGCGAACACAUCCACUCCCAGCCGUCUGUCUAGUCCUCGCAGCAUAUCCAUGCGCUCGUCGCCCAUCACGCAGCCUGCAGCAGUUCAGACAGAUGUGAAGCGCAGUAAUAGCACACGGGAGAGGACUAUAAGUGAGCCACAGACCACAGGGAAGCCCACCUUAACCCGCAGGACCUCAGACAGAUCCGUACCAGAGAAGGUCUCCGGCAUCACCCAGCUGGCCUUCGUCAGAGGAAUCCCUCUCCGCGUGUCAAAAAGACUCGCCCCAAACUCUGAGACUCAGGCGCCCUAUCAGCCUCGCACCGCCCACAGCCCGUCAUCCGUCACGGCCAAGACCAUACGCACGGCUGUCAAUUCUGCCGUCCAAAAUAAAACUGCCAAGACAACAAGCACCUCUCCUCCGAGCUCUAAAAUCCCUACAGUUUCAAGGAUUCCUGGUCCCAAAAUGACGCGGGCUACUGCAGCUUCGCCAAUGUGGAGGUGAUGACGAAGUGCUUAUAAUGGCUUAUAAAAACCCUUUUAACACUGUUUAUGCUUUCAUGAAUUUCAGUCUGAUAUAAACAGUGUGGGUCUUCAUGAAGAGUGUUAAAAUUCAACUUUUAUGAAGUUUGUAUGUGGUUCUGAGUGCUUCCGUUCUACAUAAGUGAGAGGACACUGCAUUGGGAGCAUCGGGGACAAUUUAUCUUAUGUGUUUUACCCAAUAGCAGAAUAAAUCCUACCUCCUUUUUACACCCAUGUGUGUCCUUUGCAGGCAAUAGGACACCUUACGACCACCCGUCUUACAGUAACUCCUCAUAUACAUAGAACAGCAGUGAAAUGGGAGCAAAUCGGUCAGUAAAACACAACCAACUGACAUUACUCUGCCUAGUCCGUUCAAGUGUGCUUUGAAAUAAAUUAUAUUUGGGGAAACAGUUUCAAUCUUUUGAAAAAAAGUAGUUUUGUCUAAAUGUUUUGAUUACUGUCACCCCUUCGCUAAGUGAUCUUACUGUACAGUCCGAACUGAACUCAACAAGGAACUCGGUACAAUAUUGACUUGUUUAUCCUCCUGUUGAGAGGCCUCUUUGUUCUGAUGCACUUUAAAA